UUCAGGAAGCUGUAACAAUAAAACGGUAUAAGUAGCGAACAACAACAACAAGUGACGAAUGUAAACAAAACAACGUUUUCUGUCCAAAAAAGCCUAAAAAGUUAAAAUGAUUUUAAAUAAAAACCAAAUGACUGCAUUUGAUAUUGCAAGCGGGGGUCACAGCCUUUUGUUAUUAGGAUCGGCCGGAACUGGUAAAAGCCAUGUUAUUAAAGAAAUAUGUAAGGAACUUAGUAAAAAGGGUAAAAAAGUGCAACUGACAUGCAGCACUGGAAUAGCUUGUGCUGUGUACCCCACCCACUUGAAUCCAUUAACAGUGCACAAAUUCACUGGAAUAGAUGAUGGAAGACAUGACCCCACGGAAAUUGCAUCAGUGUUAAAGAACAAUGCUAAAUAUGAUAAAAUUGUAAGUGCAAUAAUGGAAACUGAUGUAUUAAUUGUUGAUGAGUGCUCGAUGAUCAGUAAACGUACAUUUGAGUCCAUAAAAAAUGUUUGUGGCAUUAAAAAUCCGGAUAACAUAUUUGGAGGCAUCCAGGUGAUAUUCAGUGGUGACUUUUUUCAGUUGCCACCGGUACCUAACAAAAGGUACGGUGAUGAUGGCACUUAUUGUUUUUUAAGUGAUCACUUUGAAUCGGUAUUUCCUCAUGUAGUAACAUUAAGAGAAAAUGUACGUCAAAGUGAUGAACUUUUUGUUAAAGUAAUUUCCGAUAUUUAUCAGGGUGAAUUUUCAGAGUGUGUUAACACUUAUAUGAACAGUGCCAGUAAACCUUUACCAGAAGGUUGCAAUAGUGUUAAAUUAUUUUCAACCAAUUUACUUGUUGACAUGUACAAUAGGAAUCGUUUAAUAAAUUCAGCCGGAGACAUGUAUGAAUUCAAAGCUACAGAUUCUGGGAUUUCCGCAGAGUUAAAAGAUUCGACUGCUCCUAAGACAUUAUGGUUGAAGGUUGAAUGUCCAGUUAUUUUACUGCGUAAUUUAAAUGAUUAUCUUGUGAAUGGUUUAACGGGGACUUUGAGAUCUGCUUCUAAGACACAGCUGGAAGUAUACUUCCCAACUCUACAAAAGAGCCAUAUCUUACAUAAAGAGUCAUUUUCAGUGUUUGAUCCAAAAACAAACACACACAUUGCCAGCAGACUUCAGUUUCCGGUAAAGCCUGCGUAUGCCCUUACAAUCCAUAAAGCACAAGGAAUGACACUACCUUGGGUUGAAGUAGACUGUUAUGAUAUAUUCAAGCCAGGCCAGUUUGGAGUUGCAAUUUCUAGAGUUAAGUCUUCUGAUGGAUUACGUGUCAUAAAUUUUCACCCUCGGCACAUCUUUAGCCCACCUGUCGCUAUACAGAACAUAUUGAAUAUGAAAAGCCUGGAAACAGUUGAAGAUUUCAGCUGCUGUAGAAUGAAAAGUUAUAAACAUGAGCAUAUGUCAGUGGCAGCUACAGAUACAAGUUUUCAAGCAUACACUACAAGCACUACAGAUAGCUAUGAAAUGGAUCUUGAUGAUGAUUUUAAUGACAUUCUGGCAUCUAUGGACAGUGACGAACAAGAGGUACUACAGUUUGAAAUCAAUGAUAACUAUGACAUGAUGAAAAUGAUUGAAGAUAUUUCUUUCAAAAACCCAUUUGGUACAUUACAACCAAAGUGCAAUUUAAUUAUAUCACAACUUGACCCAGCAGACCCCAGACUGCUUACUUUUAUAAAGAGAAUAUUUUUAAAAAUGUCAAAUGUGUCAAAAGAACUAGGUAUAGAUGAUCCUAAACCUAUUGCUGAGAGUGUCCUUAAUAAAUUUUAUAAAACUCUGUAUGAGUACACUGUUGGUUUACAAUAUACCAUGGACUGCCUCACUUUGUUCAACAUCGGAACUGAAAAUGUAUUUGAAGAGGAACACAAAAUUGUUUGCUAUAAGAUGUUUGAAUAUAUAAGAGAAUUUGUGUUGCAACAAAGGGUUCAGUUACUUAAAGAAAGUACUAUGAAUAUUUAUAAAAGAACGGUUACAGAUGCUUCGAGGUCCAGAAUUCGCUAUGUGGCAGGAUACUGUGUGGCAAAGCUCAGAAAAAAGUAUGUGCAGGUUUUGAAAUCUAAUAUGUUCUCUUGUAGUAAAGCAUCACAAACAACAUUCAAGGAAGCUAGACAAACACUACUUAUUCUAAACUCAUUCAAGGAAGAAGAACAUUAUUUACAACAAAUGACAUCUCACCCCGACUCCCUUAUUGACACUGAAAGGAAACAAAAUAUAAGGCAUGGACUAACUAAUGUAACAGAUGGCAUGUUUAAUUUUUUCUUAAAUAUAACUGAGUUGUGUUUGCAAAAACUUGUGAAUGAAAAUUUAACAAAAUAUGGAAAAACAAUGUAUAAUAAUUGUUUGGAGCAGCUUCUUUGUGACAUGAAUUUAUAUCAGCAGUUUUCACAUAUGGUUAUUAAUAAAUUGAAAGGAGAAACUACUGAAGAAUUUUCUUUCACUCUGGAACAUGUGAUUAUAUCAGAAAUUGUGGAUUCUUUAGUUCUUACCUCUGCACAGAUUUGCACCAUAUAUAAUGAACUUGUUCAAAAAUACUUUCUGGUUUUAUUUGCUCAGUUUUGCAGAGAUGUUAAAGGUGUUUUUAAUAUCACAAAAACAAUGGCUCAUAGGAAGCAAAUAAAAGUUUCUAAAUGUUCUAAAAAAUCAAAAACACUUAAGAAACAAACUACAAAAUCAUUGGAACCAAUGGAUGUCACUGCACAAUCACCCAUGCUGCCUGUCCAACCAGAUUCAGAGCCUGAACCCCAACCGGGACCAUCAUAUUUGGAAAGUGAUCUUUGUAAAAAGUGCCAACAGGCAGAUGGAGAACUGUGGAUACAGUGUGAUUCGUGUAAUUCUUGGUUACACAGAAAAUGUGCAGGUUUGCAGAAUGCAAUGAAAUGGAAAAAAUAUUCAAAGGCUGGAGCUAAAUGGAACUGCACAGAAUGUGAAUAAUUUACAUUAUUUUUAUGGCUUUUUGAGUCAUCUAAAAUCAUUUUUAUAAAAGAGAACAAUCCAUAUAAUAGAAUAACAAUGUUGAAAAUAAAGUAAACAUUGAGUUAAUUUCGUGUGUAAUGAAAGUGCUCAGUACUGUUAUUGUCAUAAAUUGAUGGACAGACUCUUUCUUACCAAUUGACAAGCAUUUUCCUUUCAAUAAGGAAUAAUUUCUGUGAAGAACUGGAUAAACAAAUAUCUCCGACGAAAAAUAACUAUUGUUAAUAAAUUUGUGCCACACCCCCUUCACGUGCUCUUGAACCCGGCUUGCACUGAAUUACACGUGCUCUUGAACCCGGCUUGCACUCAAUUACAAUGACAGAGCCAGGCCCAGAAUCAUCCAAUCAAUGAAUGGCUUACAACCGGAGUCGGUUAGUAACCACGUGACUUGGACAACAACAACGACGCUUUGACGAAUGGAGACCGCAGUAUACUUUCACUGAUGCAGGCAAUCCAAACACUGUUUCGGGUCCCUAUGGUGGUGUCAUGUAAUUUUCGCUUUGAUAGAACAACUGCCGAUUGUAUUCCGUUGCGUCAACAGAAACACCAAGAUUCAGAAGUGAUUCAACUUCAUUGUAAUCGCCUUUCUUCGUUGAAGCAACAAGUUUCUUUUCGCUAUCAAUGUCUUUUCCAUGAGCUUGCUUAGACCGAUUUGACUUUCCUAUUUCGUCGCUUUCGUCCGCCAUUUUGCAAAA